AAGGCGGCCAAGAUAAGGCGAUAAGAUAACCCGUCCAGGUGUACGCGUAUGUGUGACCACGGUUACACAGAGGGAAAACUUUUCCAGUGCACCCGCUUCUGAGUGACUAAUGCCGCAGCGAAGUAAGCCACUUGGACAGAUAAGCAGAUGUCCGCCACCUGACAAGUCUUUCGGGAGUUGGCUUAAGUAAGGGCCCCUAGCAUUUACCACAACUCGAAGGAAAUGUAGUUAUUUCCAACUAUGUAUACAUAUCGUAUGUUUGUGCUUAUUUAAGGCCAUUGGUCUCUUCAUUUCCUAGGGCUUAAAACUAAUCUGAAGUGGCUAAUGAUAAUAGGAGUUCAGGCAAUGGAACGUCCGGCGAUAAAGCUUGGGAAAUUGAUUUCAAUUGAAUAUUAUAUGCCAGUAGGUAUGUUAUCAGCCAUAGGUGGGCGUUUGGUGGUGGGGAUAGGGGGAGUGGUGGUGUGAUUAAAGUGGGUGGGGGUAAGUUCUUAGUCAGUUUGUUUACCUUUGAGCAGACAAUUGACUGCAGCCGAGAGCAAAAAUGGGAGAGUGGCGAAAAGUAAUGAGAAAAUAAAAGGCUGUGAAGAGAGUGCAUGGAUGAUUUAACUUUAAGAUGUCUUUUACAGCCAGCUCUCUCAAUUAUUUAGUUUAAUAUGAAAACUAGAAAAUGUUGAUGAAAAUUUGAUACUAUUUUCACUUUAAGAUCUUGUAUAAUAGUAAUGUGGAUAUAAAAAAGUUACAUAUUUUAAAAUACUAAAAAAUCAUCAUCAAAUUAUCAAUGCAAUUCAAUUAUUUUUUAUAUAAAACUAGCCGCGAAUUCUUCAGAUCUUUGAUACCAAAGAUAAAUUAAUUUCCUUCUCUCUAAUCAUUCUAAGCCUUACUAAAAUUUAAUACCUAUAAUUUUGUGUCAGCCUCAAUAACUGCGAAUUGUUUAGAUCUUUGUAAAGUAAAGAUAAAUUUACUAACUUAUUCUCCUUUCUAGGCAGUUUUGAAAACUUUUUCAAAAAACUUAGGAAAAUAUAUUAGGACCUCUCUUAGAACAAAAGCUUAAUGAAAUUUGCGACGUCACAGAAGGAAGUGUUGCCAACUUGCGAGCGGGAAUAAGGCGCUCAAUUGCAUAAGGGUCCUGAGAGAGGAAGCUGGCUAAUGCGCCUGUGCGCUUCCCAGGCGUAACCGUAAUAUAGCCCCCGUAGCCCCCAGAAAAACACCCGAACCGGCGGACCAAGUCGCGCUUAUCCGCUGGCAGGGCACCCCAAUGUCUUGGCCCGGCCUUAUCCCUGGCUUUCACUUCCGCAACUCGGCUGCGACGACAGGCCGAACUCGUAGCGCCCGGCCCAUUAUCACCACCACCACUUCCGAGAAGCCCCCUCCCCCACUCGCGUUGGCGGUAGCCGCCAGCCGUUGCUGCGAUUGCAAAUCAGAAUCCGAAUCAGGAUGCUGCAGUCAGUGCUCCGGGGUAACUGACUGGCAAUGGAAUUCGACGGAGCGGCGACCGGAGCCACAGGAUAUAUAGAUAUAGUUAUAGAUAUAGGACUCAAAUACGUCUAGCCCGACAUGAUUGUGAUGAGCAUCUGGUGCAGCAGCCUCAGCCUGAGCAGCCGCAGCCUGGCCAUCGCCCUGGUGGUCUGUGUGACUCUGGUCUACUUCUCCUACAGCUUCAACGCCUGCCUGCUGGCCAGCAUCAGUCGCAGUUUGCAGCAGAGCAACUUACGCAACCUACUGGCCCUCACCUCCUCGCCCCGCAACGAGAGCAGUGACGCGGGAAACAACAACAGCAGCAGCAGCAGCAGCAACAGCUCCUCCACCACCAGUGCUCCUUCGGCUCAGACGGUGACCAGCAGCCUGGAUGGGGCGCCCAAGUAUCAGCUGCUCCGGCAGCAGGGCCUCCGACCAUCGCGACACUUGCCCGACACGCUCAUCAUUGGCGUGAAGAAGAGCGGGACGCGGGCGCUGCUUGAGUUCAUUCGCCUGCAUCCGGACGUGCGGGCCGCCGGCUCUGAGGUGCACUUCUUCGACAGGCACUACCAGCGCGGAAUACGCUGGUACCGGCACCACAUGCCCUACACCAUCGAGGGCCAGAUUACCAUGGAGAAGACGCCCAGCUACUUCGUCACCAAGGAGGUGCCGCAGCGCGUCUACCACAUGAAUCCGGCCACAAAAUUGCUGAUUGUGGUGCGGGAUCCGGUGACUCGGGCCAUCUCCGACUACACGCAGGCGGCGAGCAAGAAGGCCGACAUGAAGCGCUUCGAGCAGCUGGCCUUCGUCAACGGCAGCUACUCGGUGGUGGACACCAACUGGGGGCCGGUGAAGAUCGGCGUCUACGCCCGCUUCCUGGAGCGCUGGCUACUCUACUUCCCGCUCUCGCAGCUGCUCUUCAUCAGCGGCGAGCGGCUGAUCAUGGACCCCGCCUACGAGAUCGGUCGCGUCCAGGACUUUCUCGGUCUGAAGCGUGUCGUCACCGAGAAGCACUUCUACUUCAAUGCCACCAAGGGCUUCCCCUGCCUCUUCAAGUCGGAGGCCCGCUCCACUCCGCACUGUCUGGGCAAGACCAAGGGUCGCAACCAUCCGCACAUUGACCCGGGGGCCAUCGAGCGGCUGCGGGAGUUCUACCGGCCCUUCAACAACAAAUUCUACCAGCUGACGGGCAUCAAUUUCGCCUGGCCAUAGGAUCCCCAGGCUGGCAUACGUGAAAUUAAGUCGAGUUAAAUCAAGAAAUUAUGAGAUAUUGUUGUUGCUGGCCAGGCAACGGACUGAUAUUGUUGUUUGCAUUUUUGAUACAUAUAAUUGUACUUAUAUAUAGUAUAUACACAUGUAAAAUUAGUGCUCAAUUAAUUGUAGCUUUAUCAGGAGACAGAUUCAACGAAUUCACUCAAACAAUACGGUUCCUCACUCCAAUUCAAAUGAAAAUCAACUCACUUUUCCCCACUAUAUACCUAAAAAUCGAAACAGUGGGUGGCGAGUCCCUUUCGUCCCAGGACGAAAGUGGACUUCCUGCCCACCGUGCACACUCAAUGCUAUCUACUACCACAUAUACCUAAGAUAAUUAUGUGCAUUUAUAUACAAAUAGUGAACAAAUAGAGCUUACUACGAAAUUCCUACAGUCUCCUAUAUAUAUAUAUACACUAUAAUAUAAAUAGUUCCAAAAAUUUCAAUUGCAUGACUCAACCAAUACAAUUGCUUAGCUAAUUUUAAUUAAAGCACAACCUAAAUAAAUCGACUUUAACUAAAUCUAGUCAAGCUGAAAUGAGUCAUGGUUUCACCUUAUAAAAAAUGGUGGGGUCUCAUCUGUAGAAUC